CCGUUAAUGGUAGUUUAUUUUGAGUAGAGCUCUAUAUUUCCAGAGACACGUUUUUUUUUUUUUUUCCGAAACAUCACAGAAAGUUCUUGCACUUUAACUCCUUGCGCAUUGUUGGUUUUGAUAAUGAUCAACGACACACUUGCGUUUGGCGAACUGGACGCGAAUGUUUCUGAGCCGCUGUCUUCUCUCACUCUCAGCCAAAACCACAGCGCGCUCCGGCUGGAGUCCAAGUCUCUGGUCACUUCAGCCACGAUGUUUGCCGUGGGAGUCCUGGGGAACCUCAUCGCCAUAGUGGUGCUGUGCAUCUCCAAAAAAGAACAAAAGGAAACUACUUUCUACACUCUGGUCUGCGGCAUGGCCAUCACAGACCUGUUGGGCACAUGCUUCACCAGCCCGGUGGUGAUCGCCACAUACGUAGCCAGCCGCUGGCCAGGAGGAGCGCUGCUCUGCCACUUCUUCUCCUUCUCCAUGCUCUUCUUCGGGUCGGCUGGGAUGUCCAUCCUGUGCGCCAUGGCCGUGGAGCGAUACCUGGCCAUAAACCAUGCCUAUUUCUACUCCCAGCACAUAGACCGGACAAUGGCGCGUUUUGCGCUGCUGGUCACCUAUCUCGCUAACAUAGUACUGUGCAUUAUGCCCAGUUUCGGCUUCGGGCAGCACGUCAGGCACUUUCCCGGGACUUGGUGCUUUCUGGACUGGAGGGCGAUGGAUCCACUCGGAGCCUGCUACUCCUUCCUGUAUGGCGGCGUGAUGCUGGUGCUGAUCGCAGUGACAGUUUUGUGUAACUUGGCGGUGUGCAGGUCUCUGGUGGGGAUGAAUCAGAGGGCGGGAAUAGUCAGGACGGAGUUGUGUGAGCAGGGAGGUUCACGUCGCCUCUUCCCCCGGCUGCCGUCGGUCACCUCGGCGGCGGAGAUCCAAAUGUUCUGGCUCCUGAUCUUCAUGACCAUCGUUUUCCUGGUCUGCUCCAUCCCUUUAGUGGUGCGAAUAUUCGUCAACCAGUUAUACGACCCUGCCUAUAUAUCUGCUGGCGGGAAGCCUGACUACCGGAGCGACCUGUUGGCGAUCCGCUUCGCCUCAUUCAACCCCAUAUUAGACCCCUGGGUUUACAUUUUGUGCAGGAAAAACCUGCUGCUAAAGGGCUGUGAGAAACUGAAAAGGAUAGCGGCACGAGUUAAGGACGGCCGUAGAGACAACACUGGCUGGGCGGGAGGUCACCACUCCCCUCCGUCUUUAAACAGCAACGAUACCAGUUACGCGUCAUUACGCACAGUCAGCUACAGGAACGACGCGGAGCACCAGGCCUCGAUCAAAAAUGAGUCCUUCACAGACUUCGCAAUGAGACAAGCGUGGGAGUACGACACCGCCCGGGUCAACUUUCACCCGUUCAGCGUCGAGUCCACCGCGAUCCUCGGGUGUGAGGAGGAAGAAGCAGCAGAUUCCAAACAGGAAGUGGCGGCCAAGUCCUCUCCGGGACGCAGCCCAACACCGCUGCUCUCUGCGCACGUUAGAAGAGUGGACAUUGUCACGUGCACAUUCAGCACACCGAGCUCCUGUCAGUCAGCGAAAUGCUUAUGAUGGACAUUUAUUAUCUACCAACAGAGGUUUGGAAACGUUUCAGAGUCUGGCAGCUUCUCCAUCUGCACAGCAAACUGGGACUUUCGAAUUCAACUGUGAGGAAAAAAACCCAACACUGCCAGUGAUAAACUCAGCACUACAUUCAACUACACCUCUCUUAUAUGAUGCCUGCCUCAGAAAGGUCUCUGAAUUUAAUUUAGACUUUAUUUUAAGGUAUUUUUUUUUAAAGAUACGUCCAACACAAGUACAACAGCAGAUUGUGCAGUAUGACACGUCCAGCUUUACAUUUCUAACACCUUAAUUUCAACCAGAAGAAACCAUUCAGACGAGGGCCAGAAAACCACUGGCUUAAGCUGUUUGUAUAACUUCUUCUUAUUAACCUGCAUGAUCAUGUUUGCAGUAAACUCGGCGAAUAUGGAAGGCUGCAUGGUAUCACUGGUGGUGGUAAAUAUUUUGGGGGUAACUUUUUUUUUUUUUUUUAAGAGGAACCUGAUUUCUUACCUCUGCUGAAAGCACUGCAGCCUUAGAUGAAGCCUGUCCAAACAUGGAAAUUUAUACUAAGUAUUAUCAUACCCCAUGGGUAUUAGUGUAUGACCCUCUAAGAGUUUGUUACACUGUAUGAAUCCAUAUGUGCCAUUCACAUUACAUGUUCAUUAUGUGUUGUUGUAACACUGCACUUCAAACUUAAAGAAAAUUUACAUGCUGCUAAUUUACCAUGUGCCAUUUAACAGUGUUGCAUGAUACAGGGAAAACUGAAUGUAGACCUUCUGACCCUUGUUAAACUUUGUUUUGUAUUGCAUAUUUACAUAAAAUGUUUUGAUAUUUGCAGCUGUAAACAGCCAAAGCGAACAUAUCACCUUUAAAAAAAAAAAAAAAAGAUCUAUAUUGUUGCUGUAAGCUGUGUAACCUGUGGUGUUUGCUGGAUGUGUUGCUGGUUCUGUGGAGAAAAAUAAAGUGACA